AUUUCCCACACGCCCCCACUGAGUAAACGCAGAACAGUAUCGUGGGGAUGGAGUAAAUGAAGGGAAACAUGGAUCACACCGAAGUAAAGCCGAGCAAAGAGGUCGACAUUUAUCGCGAUACGUGGGUCCGCUUCCUUGGCUACGCCAAUGAGGUUGGGGAGGCUUUUCGUGCACUGGUGCCAGUGAGUUUGGUAUGGGGCAGCUAUGCUGUGGCCACUGCUUAUGUCACUGCUGAUGCUGUGGACAAAGGGAAGAAGGCAGCGGUGGCCCAUGGGGACAACCCAGGGAAGACGACCCGGGUAGCUGUAGCAGUGGUGGACACGUUUGUGUGGCAGGCCCUCGCCUCUGUCAUCAUCCCGGGCUUCACCAUUAACCGCGUGUGCGCCGCGUCACUCUAUCUGCUGGGCAGAACCACCAAGUGGCCUCUGCCUGUCCGCAAGUGGACCACUACAGCUAUCGGCCUCUCCACCAUCCCAUUCAUCAUUACUCCUAUAGACAGGUCGGUAGAUUUCCUGCUGGACUCGAGCCUUAGGAAAGUCUACGAUGAGGGAGAGAAGCACAAAUAAAGAAGGGACCAUGCUGGACAGACUGUCCACUCUCGGUUAGAGAUCAGUCCAGUCAUCGUAGACCUGUGCUGAUUGUGCAUCACUGUGAAGCACUAAAGAUGUUUAAAGGAGGAUUUCAUGGAGUAAGUUUUGCAAAGUUAGUCAAAGACAC